GCGGCGGAGGUGCAGGCUCCCGGCCGAGGCCGGGCAGCCAGGGGGACCCCUGAGUAUAGGCCAGAGACUGGUUUCUGUACACGCAUCUGCUGAAUCCUCCCCCGAGGUUCCAGUUAGAGAACUGCGGCCUACGUUUCCCAGCCCUCUAGACAAGAAGGAGAGUUGGCCAGUGCUGGUGGGCUGCUCUGGGCCCCGGGGGUCAGAGGGGGGAGGUCACUGACGGGCGGACUGUGGAGACCGGGACGCUUGCAGAGCUGAGAGGUUCUCUUGCCUUCUCCUUCCUCUUCACUCUGUUACCCCCCUCCAUCCUCCCGCGUUCCGUAUCCCAGCAAUUUUAGGGCUGUGACUACGAUUGAAGAAAUCUUCCCUCACAAAUCAUCAUACCCACUAUUGACUUCUCCCUUCUGUAACAAAGAAUUGAACAGAAAUAUUUUAUUCUUGUCACUUGUGGAUAAAAGGCCGCCGCAAGCCCUCUGGUACUCAUACCAGGAAACAAUAGUUCUCCCUAGAAGUAGACACGGAAGAAAUAGCUGAAGUAAACCUGCUGUCCUUGGGAAGCCAAAAGAUCUGAGAAGUUGAUUCUCGAAGUCUUCUUUUGGAGCCACGACAAGUGUUAUAAGUAAUUAAGCACCUUUUGAAACCCCAAGGGGGAAAACUGAUUUGAUGUCCUUUGGGGUGACUAAAGGACAAGAAAAAUGGAUGAUUUCAUCUCCAUUAGUCUUCUGUCGCUGGCCAUGCUGGUGGGAUGUUAUGUGGCCGGAAUCAUCCCCUUGGCUGUUAAUUUCUCGGAGGAGCGGCUAAAGCUGAUAACUGUUUUGGGCGCUGGACUUCUUUGUGGAACUGCAUUAGCUGUCAUUGUGCCUGAAGGAGUACACGCACUUUAUGAAGAUAUUCUGGAGGAUCUUCCUGAAAUUUCACUACAUUUGGGAAAGCACCACCAGGCCAGUGAGGCACAGAAUGUGAUUGCAUCAGACAAAGCAGUAGAAAAACCACUUGCACAUGAACAUGAGCACAGCCAUGAUCACACAAGACUACAUGCAUAUAUUGGCGUUUCCCUUGUCUUGGGCUUUGUUUUCAUGCUACUGGUGGACCAAAUUGGCAGCUCCCAUGUGCAUUCUACAGAAGAUCCAGAAGGAGCACGAUCCAACAAUUCCAAAAUCACUACCACGUUGGGCCUUGUAGUUCACGCUGCAGCGGAUGGGGUUGCUUUGGGAGCAGCAGCUUCUACUUCACAAACCAGUGUCCAGCUAAUUGUAUUUGUGGCAAUAAUGCUACAUAAGGCACCAGCUGCCUUUGGCCUGGUUUCCUUCUUAAUGCAUGCAGGACUGGAACGGAACAGAAUCAGAAAGCAUUUGUUGGUCUUUGCACUGGCAGCACCCGUUAUGGCCAUGGUAACCUACUUAGGGCUAAGUAAGAGCAGCAAAGAAGCCCUUUCAGAGGUCAAUGCCACUGGAGUGGCCAUGCUUUUCUCUGCUGGGACAUUUCUGUAUGUUGCUACAGUGCAUGUCCUCCCUGAGGUAGGAGGUUUGGGUCACAGUCACAAGCCUGACUCUGCUGGAGGAAAAGGACUCAGCCGCCUGGAGGUGGCCGCUCUGGUUUGGGGUUGCCUCAUCCCACUCAUUUUGUCGAUUGGACACCAGCAUUAAAUGUUCCGGUUCCAGCCUCUGUCCUUGGUCUUUCAGAAGUCUGAUGUGGAUAGCACAUUACAGCUGCUCAGUUCCUCAAUUUCUUUGUCUUACCUUGCCUAGCUCCACCAAUAUUUCAGAAGCCCAGUGAGGAUUGUGAUGUGAAGCUCAGAGUACUAGAAAGUUUUUUAGCAUAAAAACAUUACAUAUAAAUUCUUUGAUUAUCUCACUUUUUAAAAGUCCCCUUCAUAUUUGAGUUUUUAGAAUUUUGAUUACCUUCUCAGGAAAAAUGAGAUUUAGAUUUCAAGGUAAAGUGGAGAACUUAUGCUCACUUUAAAAUAACAGUUAUUGAAGUAUAGUAUUCAAAAUACACCUUUUAUACUUGGGUUAACAUAUACUGAACCUCCUCUUUAAGUUUAAGGGAUCUCUGAACUCGUUUUUGUUUUUAACUUGGUAUUCACCAUUUUGACACUGGUGCUUAUAACAACAUCUGUGCCCCAUGCCUGGAUUGUAUGCUGAACGGUGAUUUAAUUUAGGUUUGUUGAAAGAGGAAGGAAAAUGAUGAGUGAGUAUACAGAGAAGAAACAACUGAGUUGGCACAGAUUAGUAAAGAAUGGAAUAUUUUUUUUUUUGCCUCUCUGCAGGAAAAGGUAAAAUCAUAGGAAAUGAAAUAUGGGACAUUUUCCUUCUAAAGCUGUGAACAGUUUUAAAAUAUUUUUCUUCAAGUUCCCCUGGAAGAAUUACAGCUUUCAUCAUAUACCUAUGGAACAGCAGCACAGCUUUAGGAUAUCUCCAUUUGCAGAGCAUCUUUAGAAAUGAAGGGAUACUAAACUUUAAACAAAUUAUGGAUGCUAAGGAGAGAGAUUUUUUAAGUUAGAAUGACUGAAUUACAUGUUGUGGGUUUUCUUGUUUUUAAAAAAUAUUGAUGUUAGCAGAACAGCAAUCCCUUUGGUAAAAUAAGUGGUGCAUAUUGGGGAAUGCUAAGUAUGCUUCAAGUAAGCAUCUUUUGUGGUAAGGAAAAGUCAUCAUAUAUCAUAAAUGAGAAGUGUUUUCUAUUGAAAUCAUGUUCCCUGAUCUUUCCCACACUUGCCUCUGAGAUAAAACUUUUCCCUUGUAAGACCUUACACACAUCAUUCCCUUUUUGUCCUCCCCACUCUUCCCAGUGAGCUUGGUGGUAGGGAUGCUUAUUUAUUCUACAGGAUUUAUUUCAUAUUAGGACAACCACUCUUUGGUUUGUGUUGGAGCUCAGUUUUUUACUCCAUUCCUAUUUUUCCAAACGGAUAAUUUUCAUCCAGUGCAAAUUGUCUAGACCUUUCAAUUAUUCACCUUUUUAUGAGAGAUUUGGCACAAUAGUUAAAAUGCUGGACAUCCUUUUUUUUUUAAACUUAUAAACCUGCUCAGUAUUUAUUCCGUGAGUUUCUGCCCUCAAACCCUGACAUUUCCCAAAUCAGUGCUAUGGAUAUUUGGAGUCCCUGUUAACCCUUUGAUGGGACUAGAAAAAUAAAUGUAUUAUUGUAUUUUUAAUUUUUAAUUUACUUUUUUAUCCCAACUCCAAAAAUGUAGGGGUAACACCAUUAUUUUUCUCCAUUAGAUAGAUUUUCUUAUCCCAUAAAAAUUAUAUGUGAUUUCUUUAAUUACUAGUUUUAUCAUUAUUAGCUAUAGAAAUCAAGGACUUGUGAGCCUGCUUGGCUGCAGACCAAAGUAGUACUGUAUCAGAUGGUUUUACUAAAUAGUAAAUGACUUUUCUCAAAACGUGUGAUUUUCAUAACCAGACAAGAUAGAUAUGGGGCUUCAUCUUGCCCUUCAAAAUUACUUGGUUGCCUUGAAUUCUAUCUAACAUUGCACUUUUGCUGUCAAAUAAAUUGCACAAUUUUGGUAUUUGGUUUAGAUGGGAAUUUUGCCAUCUAACUCUUGUGCAGUGAAUAGAUAUUCAUUACUCUGCUGGCCAAAGACCCUUUCAGCAGUGCCUUGCCAUCAUCUUUAUGAGUUUGGCUAGAAUCUUGCUAUGCAGGGCCUUGGACACUAACAAGGAUUAAACAGUUUUCCAGAUCUACCUUCAUCUGCAACCUCCCCAUCAAAGGCAAAUCUGUUAGGACUUAUUAGCUCCUUAAGAGCAUUGUGUAUAGUUCUUCCUAGACUUUUGUUUUGCUGUCCCAAGAACUCCUUGUCUUUAUUCAAGGUCAGCAGAUGAAAAUAGCCAUAAUAAAUUUGUAGGGCCCAAAACACUUCUCCAUGCAGCAGAGCAGUUUAACCAAGACUUGUUGGUUAAAAAAUGGAAAAACUUUACUAACAUGACCCAUUGCACUGGGGGAGAGGCCAUAUUGAUUUUAACUUAAUGAUACAUUUCAAUUCUAUUUUUCCCUUGUUUUGACUUGCCUCUUUAAAUGUGGAUGCCUUAAUACUAUAAUAGAUAUUAAAUUGUUGGCAAUAUAAAAGUUACUGCCGAAAUUUUUGGAUGGAAUUUUUGGCUACCAAAGAGACACAAUUUAUAAUGAAUAACAUUGUUUUUUUCCUACCAGUAGCCAAAAUUCAUUUUAGAUGCAAUCUGGCUCCCUCUAGGGUAGAAGACUGUUUUCUCUUGACUGGCAAUUUAAAUGAGAAGAGAGUCUCUGAUUUAAAAUUACAUCACACCUCUAGUAUUUUCAGCCAUAUAUCAAUUGCCAUUUCUUUUAAAGUAUUGCUCCUUUGAUGCUCAUUUGGUUUUACUUUUAUUUUCCAUUACUAGGUUGUCUUAGCGUAGCCAGAGGUUCUGCACUGGAACACCAUGUGUUGGGAAAUGCACUACCUUCAGAGGCUGCAUGCUCCUUUUUCUUUCCCUCACUCCUUUUUCCCCAACUGUGUGCUCAUCACAUCAGCCAUUUGACCGAAUUUUUGUGUUUUCAGUCAUUGGGAAAGGAGAAAAAAUGGGUGCUUAGAAUAUCCAUUCCUCAUGGUAAUAGAAAACUGUAUUUCCUUCCCUACCAGCUGCCUAGAUAUAAGCUGCCUAGUUUUCCCUUUCAAGUUGAUGAGAAUUAGCAAGGACAACACACCAGCAUCAGGCUAUCUUAAAAGCAGCUGAAAUACAUUACAUGUUGGUAGUUAGAUACUGAGCACAGGAUUUUGAUGACUGUCUCAACACAAAACCCCAAAGAACAUUCCUGCUUACUAUGUGUGUAAAUCUACUCUCUUGAGAGACCUAGGACACUUAUUGAGAACUGCUAGAUUGGAGGAACCCUUUGAAUUUGUCUUAUAGGAAUCUUCCACGCAGUGGUAAAUAUGUGCCUAGUUACAGUAUAUUCACUGUUCCCAAAAAGAGUAAGUUAGAGAUGCUGUGAAUCAACGUCAGUGGUGUUACUUACCCUCUUUGUUCCUUCAGCUCAUUGAUAGCAACCUCAGGAGAUCUGGAAGGAAUUUUUAUUUGUGGAAAGGGAACAUAAACUAUUUUGUUAUACUCAGCCUAAUGUAAGAGCUGAACCCAAGAAGAUUGACUGAUUUUUUUUUUCUGGCAGCAUCUUCUAUUAAGUUAGAUUUCUAUGGAAAACAUUGCUGUUCCCCUGAUUCAAAGGCUUGAACAGUAAUUUUAAAUGUCUCUUCUGGAUCCUUUGUAAACCUGAAAUCAUUCCAUGGACGGCUGCCUUAUAAUUUUGUCUUUUUCCACUUUAAUUGUGAAUGGUUUAAAAAAAGUUGCUGUUUUUGAUUUGUUUUAUGAUAUUAAAUUUUUAUUAGUGCAAUA